UCACUUACAACCUCUCUACAUCGUCCAAUGUUCUAAACUUCUUUCAAGAAUCUAACCCCAUUAUAGUUAUGAAAGUAAGUGGACCUCUAGUCGUUUUAAUCACAGAAAAAGAUUUGGUAGGCCAAAAUAUUGGAAAAUGAGAUAAAACAAAACAUGAGAAUAAUGAGAAAUAUAGUUCCUACACCGUACUAACGGGGUAGCAACUGAUGCAAGAUGAGAUGCGUUGAAAAGAUGAUGGAUACCUUCACCUUAGGUUGAUGAGUUACUAUAUAAGUCCACAUUGGGUACCUUCUUCUCCACAACUACUUAGUAACCCUCCUUUUAUUUAUCCAAAUAGUAAGUUGUAGGAAAAGAAAACAUUUUUUUCACCAUUCUCUAUAAAUGAGGAGAGCAACAAGAGAUCCUCUCGUGGUCGGUCGGGUUGUGGGUGAAGUUUUGGAUCCCUUCAAUAGGAGUGUAAAUCUGAGAGUAAGAUUUACCAAUAGAGAUGUUUUUAAUGGAUGUGAGUUUAGGCCAUCUGAGGUUGUUAAUCAGCCAAGAGUUGAGGUUGGAGGUGAUGACCUUAGGACUUUCUACACCUUGGUGAUGGUGGACCCUGAUGCUCCAAGCCCAAGUAACCCACACCUGAGGGAGUACUUGCACUGGUUGGUGACUGAUAUUCCCGGGACCACAGGAACAUCUUAUGGUCAAGAGGUGGUUUGCUAUGAGAACCCAAGACCCUCAGUUGGAAUUCAUCGUUUCAUAUUUGUGUUGUUUCGACAAAUGGGAAGGCAAACCGUUUACGCACCCGGGUGGCGCCAAAACUUCAAUACUAGAGACUUUGCUGAAGUGUACAACCUCGGUUUACCCGUUGCUUCAGUCUAUUUCAAUUGCCAAAGGGAGGGAGGUUCGGGUGGAAGAAGGUCGUAAAAGUGCGACACUUUUUUACUCUACCGUCUAAGAGACCGUGUCAAAACAUCUACCGCGCUUUUUAACAUUCUGUUUAAUAGUAAUAAUAAAAGUUGUCAUUAUUAAAUAAGGAAUCGAUGCUCUUCUAAAACAAGUACCUUAUAAAUUUGUCACAAAAAACUGUCCUUUUAGCCAUUUUUGUUAGAGUAAUGCAAUAAUUGUAAUGAUCCACAUAGCAGUGACUAUUGAGAAUCAGAGUAGUAAUUACUGACAUUUUUUUAGGGAAAUUACUGUUUUGUUACUCUAAUAUAAAUGUAAACAUUAAAUUAUUUACCUAAGUUAUAUUAUAAGGCAUUUAUAAUAAGUCUUAAAUUCUUAAUA